GCCUGUAGGAAAGUGUACGUUGAACAGGUUUGAAACCUGUUUCAUGAAACAUUUCUCAGUUGCAAAAAUCCGUUGAUUCGGCAAGGUUGAUAUGAAGCAAGUGUUUGAGUGUUAAGAAUUCAUUCACGUGUAGAAAAGAGCACGAAAUGCCGAAAUAAUUCGCACGUCUAACAGGUAAAACCUGUCUCGUGAAACAUGCAAAUUUCGAUGUUCCGUAGACGAGUCCUGUACGACUGCUGUUUCAUAAAAGCUUUGAUUCAGUUUUGGUUUGAUCGAUCUCGGAACAACAAGUCGCGUUAGAGGUUUCCUCGUAGAAUGUGGGAAACAUUUUUCAAGAUGAACCAGUCUGUGAAAUGUUCUGUUUUUCGGCUCAUAAUGGUUUUUAGUGCCAUUAAGGACGUGCAAAUGCACUCGUUUUUCGAUGUUCCUCCACCGGAAUACAUUGGGCGUACUUCAAUGAAGGACUGUGCAAAGCGGUUCUACGGUGAAGCUUUUGUUGCUGGUCCAAUUUAUGGAGGUUUUGGUGCUGGUGCAAUUGAUUAUGAUGCCGAUGAGAAUGGUGAAGUAUUUACUAAUGGUGAAAGCUUUGGUUCUGGCACUGGUGCCAUUGAUGGAGGUUUUGGUGCUGGUGCAAUUUACGGAGGCUUUGGUGCUGGUGCAACUGGUGGAGGUUUUGUUGCCGGAGCUACUGAUGGAGGCUUUGGUGUUGGGGCCUAUGGUGGAGGCUUUGGUGCUGGAGCCACAGGUGAAGGUGUUGGUGCUGGUGCAUUUGAUGGAGGCUUCGGAGCUGGUGCAAAUAGUGGAGGAUUUGGUGCUGGAGCCACUGCUGGAGGCUUUGGUGCUGGUGCAAAUAGUGGAGGCUUUGGUGCUGGUGGAAUUGGUGGAGGCUUUGAUACUGGAGCCACUGGUGAAGGUGUUGGUGCCGGUGCAAUUGAUGGAGGCUUUGGUGCUGGAGCCACUGAUGGAGGCUUUGGUGCUGGUGGAAUUGGUGGAGGCUUUGGUGCUGGUGCAAUUGAUGGAGGCUUUAGUGCUGGUGCAAAUAGUGAAGGAUUUGGUGUUGGUGCCUUUGGCGGAAACUUUGGAACUGGUAUAAUUGGUGGAGGUUUUGGUGCUGGUGGAAUUGGUGGAGGCUUUGGUGCUGGAGCCACUGAUGGAGGCUUUGGUGCUGGUGCAAAUAGUGAGGGAUUUGGUGCUGGUGCAAUUGAUGGAGGCUUUGGUGCUGGUGCAAAUAGUGGAGGCUUUGGUGCUGGUGGAAUUGGUGGAGGCUUUGGUGUGGGUGGAAUUGAUGGAGGCUUUGGUGCUGGUACAAUUGGUGGAGGCUUUGGAGCUGGAGCCAUUGGUGAAAAUUUUGGCACUGGUAUAAAUAGUGGAGGCUUUGGUGUUGGUGCGAAUGGUGAAGGUUUCGAUGGUAAAGAUUUUGAUCCUGUUGACUAUAUUAAAAGUUUUAGUGAAGGUGCAAAUUUGACUAUUGAUCCAUUUAUUGGACCACUUUGGACUCAUUUAUUUGGUGGAGCUUUUCGUGGCGAAUUGCAACAUAUGGCAUUGGUCGGUUGGACGCGUGCCAGCGGUAAAAUUGAUUACCUCUGUGGUGGUAGCUUGAUCGGCGAACAGUUCAUACUGACUGCGGCACAUUGUAAACAGGAUGAAAGUGGCCUCCGUCCGGAUACAGUGCGGUUGGGUACCCAUGAUGCCAGAUAUGCACAGCAAAUUGCGAUUCGUGAUAUAAUAGUACAUCCGAGCUAUGACAAUUAUACCAAGUACUUCGAUGUGGCGUUGAUUGAGCUAGGACAAAAUGCAUGGAUUUCGCCAGCAGUAUGUCCGGCAUGUUUAUGGCAAGAGGGCGAGUCACCUUCUGGUCCCAUGGAAGCGAUUGCAUUUGGAGUAACGAAUCUAAACGACGAUCCGAGUCCAACUCUUCAACGUGUUGUGCUGAGCUACAGAUUGAAAGAAGAAUGUGAAAAAGUACUAACUACCAAUAAAACUAGGAUCCCCCAGGGUGUUCGGGCGGAUCAGUUCUGUGUAGCUGGCAAGGAUAUGGCCACUUGCGCGAGUGACUCCGGUAGUCCGGUUGAUGUGAAACGGGUGGACAUGAGUGGUUCCAUGGUAUCGCUGAUUAACGGUGUGGUUUCGUUCGGAACAGUCUGUGUUCCCGGUUUGGUUGGAGUAUAUACUAAAGUAAGCGAGUACGUGGAAUGGAUCGAACAAAUGACACAAACGUCAAUGAGUUAUAGAGCUUGUACCAAGGAAAUAAAGUGUUUUAGAAAGCCUGGCGAGCCUAGUAACAUGAACAUAAACCUGUUCAAAACCAAUAGUCGGUUUGGUCUUCUGUGGGACGAGUUCGAAGGCUCCCCGAACGAGUGUGGAGCAACAUUGAUCGACUAUCAGUAUCUUCUUACUACGGCUUCCUGUGUAACGACGAGCAAGGGUCACCCGAAGUUUGUCAUUUCCACGCGUGGCGAACGUGUAGCGAUUUCAAAUGUUUACGUGUCGCAUAAUUAUAGUUCACCAACAAAUGACAUAGCACUACUGAAGAUUGACAAGUACGCUAAUCACAAUGUAUACCCGCCCGUCUGUUUAUGGGACCAUCAAAGCGAUGGAGAGUAUCAAUUUUCUCCAGAGUUUAGUGCAUACGGACUGGAGGAACCUAUUGGCGAGUCUAGUGAGUCCCUUUUCGUUACUGCUCGCACUGGUUCGGGAUGUGAGGAGGAGCUGGUAUCGGGAACAGAUUUGCAGUGCUUUCACAACAAGGUACCGCUAAUGCCGGGAGUAUGUUGGAUGGAUCACGGUGGACCUGUUAUUGGCAGAACACAUUCGUCUAAAACAGUACAUAUGUAUGGCGUUGUGUCGCCGUUAAGUAGAAGCUGUGGAUCAAAUCUGUUUAUGGUCGAUGUAACACCACACAUUCCAUGGAUAGAAGCAAUAGUCUUCGGUAAAUGAGAUCCGUAUCGAGUGUGGAACUAAUUGUAAAUGUGUUUACUUACGAGUGUCUGCCUAGGUUCAACUUAUUCUAUUUUAAUAAACAUGGAAAUUUAAUCUUUCUGUAAAGGAACUUUUUAACCAAAGUUACUGCAAAUCAUAAUGUAACAACAAGCAGACGUCAAAGUGUGUAACAUGGUAGAAAUGAGAAAUUGUAAAAAAAAACUACGCUGAAUCGAAACAUGUCCAGGGCUCCAUCAUAAGGCUAAUGAUCUCCAGACUCAUUUUCUAGUCGUACGAAACUUAUUCUCAUGACCUCUUCUUGCUUAUUCUUUAGUAUAUGUUUAUCGAAUCGAAUAAGCUUCGAUCUCCGUCUGGUCUUUUUAGGUUGGUCUAUAAACUUUAAAGGGUUUCCAUGAUUUUUAUUUUUAA